UAUAUAUAUAUAUUUUUUUCCUUACUUAUUUUUCUUACAAAAAAAUCUUUAUCUAUUUAAAGGUUCCGGCUAGGAACGAGCCCGACACUAGAGUACGAAGUAAGAGAAACAUAUCAGGAUGGCUCGUACCCUACGUACCGCGAGGAAGAGAGUUAGUGCUAGAGCGACACAUGAUGAGAUCCGUCGGGAGUACCUUCACUAUGGCAUGUGCUGGAGAGACACAUUGGGGGAAUUUCUUGCCCACUUCCACGAGCACUGGUUGGCAGCUUGCAUGUAUGGGAUCUCCUCGUAUGAUGGCAUUAUUCGACUGUCGACUCUACUUCCAUCCGACUGGAAGGGUUGGGCGACCUCCAUUGCCUCAGACUACUUAUACCAUUAUGGUGAGGAGUACGACCUGUAUGUAGAUUUUCCAGGUUUCGUAGCCGCGGUUAGUAAUCAGUAUUACCGCUAUGGGGAAGCUCCUUAUGGACCAUACACAUUACCAGGAGACUACAUCCAAGCUGGAGGAGGAAUUGCCGAUUUCUUACCACGAGAUGACCAUGCUCCGUAUGUGCCGCCCGAGCUAGUUCGGGUGGCCCCACUCCUCAAGUUUGACACUGAUGACGAGAUAGCUGCUCUACUUCGUUCUCCUACACCGAUCUACCUAGUGACUUCCUCGGAUAGUGAGACAACUCCUCAACAAACACUCACAUCCAACCGUACCACCCUUGGAAUCCGCACCCACGAUGAGUUUGAAGCUGGACCUUCCAGACCACCUGGUGUACCUCGAGACCAUGGGGAUUAUCCCGAGAUGCAGCGAACUGUUGGAACCAUACGUCGAGAGCCGAUAGAUCUAAAUAAAGCGGAUGUGGUGGUCGAUUCGGAUGAUUCACACGAGGCAGAGACACACAGUCAGACGAUACGUGUGUUCUUGAGAAGGGAUUCUGCAGGUAAGGGUGUGAGAGUUCACGAGGUUCCACGACAUGAGGGUGAGACAGAGUCGGAGCCUAGCGAGUCCAGUGCAGCAUGA